AUGUUUGCAGGAAGGAAUGGUGACGUUAAUGUCGAGGCAUUGAUGAGGUGGGCUGGUGCGAUUGGACAAGCGCCGCAAGAGAAUGCUGGUAAUGGAGGAAAAGAUGAGUUAUGUGCUUUUAGAGAGUUCCGAAGGUUUAGUACUCACAUGGUGACGAAAGGAGCUGAGGAUUGGUGGACUAAUACUGUGCAGAGAUUCGAUGAAGAAGAAGAUGUGUGUGGAAAGGAAGAAGUGAGAUUCCUGGAGUUGAAACGAGGAAAAGGACAAUACCGUGGGGAAUCGUAUGGUAAUAAGAAAAAGCAAAAAUCUGGUUAUGGCAAGAAGCCAAGUGGGAGAGGAGCAUCUAAUUUGAUUGAGUUGUACAGGUGUGGCAAUCAGGGUCACAAAUUGGUUGAUUGUGGAAUUGAUUCUAGUAGGAUUUGCUACAGUUGUGGUGAGCAAGUACACAUCAGUGCCAUGUGCGACAAGCUAAAGAAGGGGCAAGCGAAAGCGAAAGUGUUUGUGUUGUCUGGUGAUGAGGACACUGCUAAGGAUAGGCUAAUCCGAGAGCAACCUUCUUUCAAUUCUUUGGAUUGUGCUAUGAGAUCAGAUCUUGUCUUAGCUGAUAUGCGUAAAAGUCUGGUUAUUGAUACAUUUGCAAUGAGUUAUGUGUUUAUUUCUUCUUGCCAAGAUGAUGAUGUAUGGAGAAUGAUUUAUGGGAAUCAUUCAUGUUUGGCCAUUUAUGUUGAUAAGAUGUUUUUAUUCUGCUGUGGUAUUUGCAUGUGCUGA